AUGAGUAAGAAGAAGAUAAAAAAUAAACAGCCCCUUCAAAAAAAUGGCACAAACAAUAGUAAGAGGAAAAAACAUGUGAAGUUUAGAAGAAUAAAGAAGGUUCAAUUUAAGGAUGAAAAGAAGGUGAUCGUCUCAAAUGAGAUCAAGAAAAAGAAAGUAAAGAUUCAUGGGAAGAAAAAAUUGAACACCCCUUACCAAAAAAAGGAAUAUAAAAAGAUACGCAUGGAUCAGGCUAAUGAAUACAUAAAUUUACAAAAAGAAUUAGCAAGUCAUAAAUUCGAUGAGCCGAGAUGUUGUAUUUUUGCCAUUCGAAAUAACAUUAAUUGUGUUGCUUCUGCCCCCAUGGAAGUUCUUCAGAAACUCAGGCUAAUGGAAAAUUUCUAUGGAGUACUACUUGUCAAUAACGAAAUAAACAUGAAAAAUUUAUUUCUCGUAAAACGAUACGUAUGUUAUGGAUACAUACAAAAAUACAACUUAUACAAUCUCCUGGAGAAGAAAUUAUUUUUAAAAGAUGGAAAUGAGAUUAAAAGAUGUCAAUCGAAUAAAAUCAUAGAAAAAUUAUUUAGCAAAGAUGGAAUAUAUUCUUUCCCCGCAUUCUGUGAGUAUAUUUUUGAAUGUAAAAAUAAUGCCGAUCAAAUAACAAAAGAACAUAUUAUUCCUUUUAAUUUUUCGUACUUAAAAAGUGAUAUAACAUUUGACUUUUUACAAUUUAAAAAUGAACUGGCCGGCUUUGUCAAGGACAAUGAAAUUAACGAAAUAUUAGAAAAGAUAAUUUAA